AUGAUAGGCAGACUGGGCUCAGUAGUUGGCGCGGAUUCCCCAUCACCGCUUGGCCUGCACUCCGCUGUCCUCCGCGCGCUCCUCGACCCCCGCCUCUCCCCCGCGUGCUUCCCCGUCCGCUCCUCGGAGUGGCUGCCACAGGUGCCGCUUGUUGCGCCUGGGAGAUCGGCGUCGUCGGCUCCUCUUGUGGCAGUGGAGCGCCCUGAGCGCUCGCUGAAGGAUUUCCUUGGCGCUCUGGGUCGCGACUGCACCGCGGAGAGCGAUCCCGCUCCCCAUCCGCUUCCUCCUGCACGCCCUGCCGCGAGCGUACCUGUUGCUCCAGCGGCGUCCGCUGAUCAGAUCCGCCGCCGCUUCGAGGACCAGCAGCGCGAGCUGGCCCGGCGCGCGGGCAGGUCCUUGUCACCGCCGGAGCCCCUGCGCUCGGGGGCCACUUUGCGCUCCGGCGCAGAGGCUGUGGCGCACCAGGAGCGUUCGCCUCGCCGUCGCUCAUCGGCAGCUCGCGACGAUAAGCGGGAGAGCCGCCGUGAUGAUCGUCACGAUGCGGCCCGUUCGCCGCUGUCUCCUCGUUCGCCUCGUCGCGUGGCGUCGCGAAGCCGAUCCCGUGACCGCCGUUCGUAUCGUCAUCGUUCACCCCCUCCUCGUUCAUCUCGCCAGCGGUCGCCUGCCCGCCAGACGUCUAGGCGUCGGCCCCCAGCUCCGCGUUCGCCCCCUCCUGCAAAGCGCCAACGGCUCUACUCCCCUCGUCGCGGGGACCGUUUUCCUGGCCGCCAGCGUCAGCAGGGCCCAUCUCGCUCGCAGUCGCCUGUGCGCUCGAGCGCAAGUGGGCAUGCGCGUCGUGGGCGUGCGCGUCGUGGGCGACGGGGAGGUGACUGUCACGGCGGAAAAGCGGGUCUAGCGCCGUCCGCAAUGGAGCGCCGUCUUCUGGAUAGGCUUGAUAACGUGGAGAAGGAGCUUCGUCGCUCGCGUGCUGCGUCGGCAUCACCAUCAACUCCUCGCGCUGCUCCCGUCGUCCCUCUCUCCGCGCUCCUGCCCCACAAUCCCUUUGGAUCCCCGGCGCGUUCGGAGCAGCCGCUGCCUGCAGGGACGGGCUUCGUAGGUGCUGGUGGCGGGCCGCCGUGGGCUCUGUUUGCUCCGCCGCGUCCUCUUCCUGCUCCGCGUGAUCUCGCCGUGUCGUCUCACCGUGCCCGCGUGUAUGCGUUGCUUCCGCCGAUGAAGGAAGUUCCCACGGCGACCCUCGCCCGCCUAUGGUCGCUGGCGGCGUCCCUUAGAGCCUUGAGCGGAUUCUCCAGGAGUCAUUUGACUCCAUGCCAGGUGGGCAUGGCAGCAACGCUAGCCGGAGUGUGCCAGGUGCCACUCACAUCAGUCCUUCUCCUCUUUGAACUCACUCGCGACUACCGUAUUAUUCUGCCCCUCAUGGCCGCUGUUGGCAUCGCCGCUUGGAUCGCUGCUCCUGCCACCACACCACCAUCAUCCCCAUCACCAACAGCACCAGCUGCAGCAGCCGCAGCAGUCCCGGUAUCAGCAGCAGCAGCAGCCCCCACGCUUGCACUGACAGCAGAGCAGCAAUCAACAUCCUCGUCACAACCACCAUCCUCUUUAGAAGCCAGACCCACCUCGUCCUCCUCGCUCCUCUCGUCUGCUGCUCUCCCCCUCGCCAUCACCUCCCCGGGGGACUACACGGACUUCGCAGACGACUCGGCAUCGCUGGACGUGCGUGACGGAGUGCUGCUGGAGGAGCAGGUGCAGCGCGAUCUGGCCGUCUCCCAAGCCAUGCGCCCCGCCUCCAGCCCCUCCGUUGCCGCCGUGCCGCUGCUGCUGGUGCAGCCGCGCGAGUACAGCUCACAGGGAAGGCGUGAUGGGGAGACGGGUUAUAGGGCACAGGGAAGGGUUGGUGGGGAGGCGGAAAAUAGGGUGAGGGCGGUGGGGGUAGCAAAUCCUGAGUCAGGUCAAGAUGCAAGUGGUGUGGGGGAGGUGGAGUACAGGCCGAGCACGGUGGGGGAAGCUGUGGCAGCGAUGGUGGCGAGCCGGCAGUGGUGCUGUGUGGUGGUGGGGGAUGGGGGCCGGUUGGAGGGGCUGCUUACACUGGUGGACGUGCAGCAGGAGGUGGAGAGGAGGGUUGCUGCAGAGAGAAGAGGAGCAGGGCGGGGAGGGAGGGGUGGGAGGAGAGGGCAAGGAGGGAGAAGGUUGAGAGGGGAAGCAGGGGGGGGAGGGAGGAAGGGGGCAGGAGACGAAAGCAGUGGAGAGAGAGAUGGGAGUGGUGGGGAAGGUGACACAAGUGGCACCGGUGCAGCUGAUGGUGGUAUUGCAGCUAGCGUGACUACUGCCAACGUGACAGUAAAGGGGGCGGUGGAAGGUCUACCAGUGUCUGUGCUAUGCACGCCGUGGCAGCAGCUAGAGACCAUCUCCCCAGCCGCCUCCCUCUACGAGGCUAGAAGGAGACUCACUGCCCGCGGCAUCCGGCAGCUUCCCGUGGUGCUUCAGGUGGCGAGGGGGAGAGGGGAGGGGAGAGGAGAGGGGAGAGGGGGAGAGAGGGGGCAGGAGGGGAAUGAGGAGGGAGAGGAUGGGCGUGGAGUGGAGAGAGGGGGGAGGAGAGAGGGGAUGGAUGAGGUUGGAAGGGAGACGAUGCGAUUGGAGGAUGGGGAGGGGAGGGAGGAGAGGGGGAGUGAUUUGCUGCUGGUGGGGCUGCUGGAUCGGGACGACAUUGCACGGGCGUGCAGGGCUGAGGCAACCAAACGGCUGCUACAGCUGUAG